AAAUAAUUCAUCACAUCUUGUUCACCUACAUCUUCACCUUAAAUCCUUUGAAAAGAAGAUGAAAAUCUUUGAUCUCUUUCUUAGCUUCAGUAUCUUCUUCCUCUCUCCAUUUGUAUCUCAAGCAUAUAAUCAUGAUUCGAAUUACACCCGCCCACCGCCUGGUGCAGACUUCAUCGUCUCUCACGGCCAUCCAAACUUCUAUCCUCAACAGGUGCACGUAUCAUUGGCGGGUAAGGAUCACAUGAGAGUAACAUACAUAACAGAAGACAUGAACGUUGCAUCGAUGGUGGAAUACGGUAAAAGCUCAAAAAAGUACGACAGAAAAACAACCGGAGAAUCCACUUCUUAUAGAUUCUUCUUCUACAGCUCCGGCAAGAUCCACCAUAUCAAGAUUGGUCCUCUUCAGCCAAGCACCACUUACUAUUACCGUUGUGGUGGCCAUGGUAAAGAGUAUUCUUUCAGAACUCCUCCGUCCACUUUUCCGGUCGAGUUUGCCGUUGCUGGUGACCUUGGGCAAACUGAUUGGACGGUGAAAACAUUAGAUCAGAUUACAAAACGGGACUUCGAUGUCUUCCUACUUCCCGGUGAUCUCUCCUACGCAGACAACCACCAGCCACUAUGGGACUCUUUUGGCCGUCUCCUGGAGAACCUGGCUAGCACUCGCCCAUGGAUGGUCACCGAGGGAAACCACGAGAUCGAGUCUGCCCGGAUCAUUGAAGAACAUAUAAGCUUUAAAGCAUACAAUGCCCGAUGGCUUAUGCCUCACGCUGAAAGCCUCUCUCACUCCAACCUUUACUACUCUUUUGAUGCAGCCGGUGUCCACAUUGUUAUGAUUGGUUCUUACACCCACUAUGACUCCCACUCUGAUCAGUACCGGUGGCUCCGUGAAGAUUUAAGAAAGAUUGACCGUAAAAGAACGCCGUGGUUGGUGGCGGUGAUGCACACGCCAUGGUACAGUACAAACAAGGCGCAUGAAGGUGAAGGGGAGAAAAUGAGAAAGGCCAUGGAGGGUUUACUUUAUCGUGCUCAAGUCGACAUUGUUUUUGCCGGCCACAUUCAUACCUACGAACGUUUCAGGCCGGUAUACAACCACAAGGCCGACCCAUGUGGACCAAUGCACAUAACCAUCGGUGACGGUGGCAAUCGAGAAGGGCUGGCAUAUAAGUUUAAUAACCCUCGUUCACCGUUGUCGGCAUUCCGUGAAUCGAGUUUUGGACAUGGGAGAUUGAGAGUUAUAGACAAGAAACGAGCACACUGGUCGUGGCAUAGAAACAACGAUAACUUCUCAGUUAUUGCGGAUGAAGUAUGGUUCGAAAGCUCUACGUCAUCAUCACAUUGUAUUCUUAAUCACUUUAGAAAUGAACUCUAAAUCCCCUUACCUUAAAACAUUACUCUUUUAAGG